UGUAUCUCGGCGUGCAUGGGCCUUCCUCACGGCAUGUGGCAUGCUCGGGGCCGAUUGGCGCUGGUUGGUCGGGCGGCGGAGGCGGUCGGGUGGUGCGCGCCCUCCGCUCUUUCGGGCCAAGCGGGUGCCAAGUGGCGCAGCCAGCGGCAGUCGGUGCGCCGAGAGGGUUGCGAACGGCCUCGCGUCCCGCCACCCGCAGCCGGGCCGUCCCACGCUCCUCCUUUCACGCCCUCGUCAGGGGCCCCUGAGGACCGCCGCGUGCUCGACAUGGAGAAUGCGUUCAAACUUCCCGAGCCGUGGGAAAUCGCCAUGGAAGCUGGUGAAAUCCCCAUGGGCCGCAAAGGAAGCAGUGUCUCAAUGCCCGACCAAAGCUUGACAAUGGCGGAGGCGCUCAAUGAUGAGCCUGACCUUAGCACCUUCGAGAAUAAGUCCGGUCUGGCGGAGGACAUGAAGUUCCUCGCGUCCAUGCCGGAGCUGUGCGAUGUCACCUUUCUGGUCGGCGACACGCGCGAGCCGGUUUGCGCUGUUAAGGCGGUUCUGGCCGCAAGAAGCAGGGUCUUUCACAAGAUGCUAUAUCAGGCUCCGAGUCCUCAGCGUAAAAAGGAGCCGCCGCCGCGUGAAAACAAGCUGCGUUUGUUUUUGAAGAGGAGCAGCGAACCGCUGCUGAAUCUGCAGAACGCCGCGCAGCAGCGAGCUGGAUUCACGCAGCAACUGACCCCCAUUCACGAGAGCAACCAACAUCAGACGCUGAUAAUCGAGGAGUUCGAGCCCGACGUGUUCCGCCAGCUGAUCGAGUACAUCCACACCGGCUGCGUCACCCUGCAGCCGCGCACCUUGCUCGGAGUGAUGAACGCUGCUGAUUAUUAUGGAUUGGAUGAGCUGCGCCGUGCGUGCGCUGGCUUCGUUCAGUGCUGCAUCAAUGUGGACACCGUGUGUGCUUUAUUGGCUUCGGCGGAGAGAUACAUCCAGUACAAGUGUACAAAGUCGUUGGUCCAAAAGGUUUUGGAGUUCGUGGACGAGCAUGGCAAUGAGGUUUUGAAUCUGGGUUCCUUUACUCUUCUUCCUCAGCACGUCGUGCGUCUAAUUUUGGCCAGGGAAGAACUGCGAGCAGACGAGUUCACUAAAUUCCAGGCUGCUCUAAUGUGGGGCAAAAAGUACUGCGACUCGAAUCCAAACACCCAGCUCAAAGACGUGAUUGGAAACUUCCUCGAAUACAUUCAGUUCCACAAAAUACCCGCCAACGUUUUAAUGAGGGAGGUGCACCCGCUCGGCCUGGUGCCCUACUCUAUCAUUAUGAACGCUCUGGCAUACCAGGCAGACCCAACAAGUGUCGACCCCAUUAAGCUCUCCCCUAAUCGAGUAAGGCGAUCAAGCCAGGGCCGCUCGAUGUCGGUGCAGAGUUCGCUCGAUCCGUACGGUUCCAACACGACCCUGAGUUCGAGCGGCUCCAGCGAACUCGACAGCGGCCGCAUCAGUUCCGAAGGAGCCGGAGCGGGCGCUGGGGCUGGCGGGGGCAGCAGCGGGGGCGGCGGCGGGGGUAGUAGUGGAGGCAAGCACUCGGGGGCAAGCAACUAGAGGUGACGAAAUUCGUUUUCCGUUUAUAACGCCAGAGUAUUAGUAAGAAAAAGGCUGACCGUUAGCGCCGACUGUUUUUGAACGAAACGUUCUAAAUUUUUGGCAAACGCUGCGAUGGGUCCGGCGGGUCCGUCAUUGUUUUUACUGGAGUUUUAUUGUUAAAUGAUUACUCGUCAAUAUAAAAAACUUCUUUUCGUUCAGAUUAAAAAAAGAUUCGCCAGAGUUAAGCUAAAAUUCAAAUGGGAAUUGCUGGAAUUCCUGAUGGUUUUUAACGUUUUGAUCAAAAGCAUCGUGGACCAAAUAUGGAUGGAAAUCGUGUUCAAAAACUAAUUUCGUGAAAAAAAAUCGAAUUUUACGUUUCUUAUUAGAUUUAAAAUGCAAUUUAAUAUCUCUGUUUUGAUGUGCAAGCUUUUUACUCGAAUGUGUUCGAACAGCCUUUUUUCAAGAGUGCAAAAUUUCAUAUGUGUGUACUUAAAUCAUAUCAGACAAACAUCGUCAAUUUUUGUGUACGCGUUGCAGGCGAUGAAUUUAUGUGUUAUUAUUAUUCGCCACAUCAGUUUUUGGUUCAUUUUGUACAUGUGAGCUAGAUAAUCAUGACAGAAGUAGGUGUCUUAUGAUAAAACCACAUAAAAACGCGUCUCACCUCUCGGAGCUGGAAAGAAUGUUGAUUUAUCAACGUGAAGCACAUAUUUUGAUGUCGCUGCGUACGUUUCGUGCAAACAUUUGUGGUACACACGGCUGUAGUUGUGAAGAUAUUAUAUACAGCUGGAUUUUUGUAAAAAGAAAAUGAAAGCAAUGGUUGUAAUGAUUGCUGCUGGUUUUAAGAAAUCGACGUAGUUGCUUGCCUCUCGCGGCCGUUCUCCUUUACCCGUGAUUCUCGAUGACGUUCCCUUACGUCUUGCUGCCCGAAAAUUCGGAAAAUUCAAACUCAACUCACUCUAAUGUCCAUAUAUUUAUUCUGAAAUAAUCAUGUCUGCCAUGCAGUUUUAAGAAGCAAAAUAUGUUUAAAACGACUGUUCGUAUUAUGCUUAACUAUAUUAGCAUUAUAGAGAGGAGAUAUAUUUCAAAUUUUAACAGUAAACGAGGAAACCUUGGAAUUGGCUUAAUAUGUGUGAUAAACAAGCAAAUUGUGUACUUCUCGGUUAGACUGCAAUUUUUCCAUUGUAACAAAAAUACCUUUUUAAUAAUAUAGUCUUAUUAUUACAAUCUUUUUCUACUCUUCUUUGGGUGAUGCAUAUUUAUGGAGCGUGUAUAUUAGUUUAUUUAAACCACUACCAUUUCGCAACUACUAUACAAAACUAACAGCCAAUGCAUUUACUCACAGUGUUAAAUGUUCAAAAAAAUACUAUUUAUUGUAAAAAAAAAAUAAAAUUUCAUAAAAAGAUAUGAAAUGGAUAUGAAAAGAUAUAUGUGUGAAAAUCCGGUGAAACACUAAUAAAAUACACAGCCAAAA